CCCGCACUUAUCUCACACAAUUGCAAAAGCCAUGAUGUGGCAUUUGCUGGGCGUUGCUCUCGUCGCGGCCGGCACAUGCUCUGCCUCAGGGGCUGAUAUCCGCAUAGUAUCGUCAACGUACACGGCAGCGGGAGCUUUCCCCACAUCUGCAUAUGCAUCCUACUACAACUCUCCCACUGGAACAUCGGCGCAGGUACAGCCAGUCAUCUCCGAUCCCGUUACGCAUAAAGUGUUCCCCCUGGUUUUGACUGAUCCGGACGACUUUCCAAAGAAUGACACAUGGGAUCCCCACACAUUUCCUCCGAAGGUUUCUAGCACGACGUUGCUUGAACAAGCAAUCGAGCAAAUCAAGGCUAUAGCAGAGAACCCUGUAUUUGGGAAUAACACAUGCACUCAAUGUCAAGCAGGGAUGGAGGUGGCCAAGUUUUUGGCGCUUGCUGCUCCGGAGCAGGGGCCAAACCUUGCCGUGACGCUCUGUCAAUAUUUUGGCUACGACACAGACGCAGAUUGCCAACAACAAUACGAUUGGACUGCUUAUGGCCCUAUCUUGACGCAAGUAGCUUCAUACGGCAACCUUGGAGGCUAUGAUGGGCAGUUACUUUGCUGGUCGUUUCUAAGCCUGUGUCCCAUGCCUCCGACAUCGCCACUCAAUCUGACAGGCUAUUUCGCGAAACCAAAGCCAAACCCGCUGCCGACUCCGAAGCAGCCCAGCGGCGAGCUGCUUAAGGUACUCCACGUGUCGGAUAUUCACCUCGACCCGCGUUACGCCACAGGCUCUGAGGCCAAUUGUUCAGACUACCUAUGCUGUCGCACAAAUGUCAAUAACAGCGAAAGUCCUCAGACUCCUCUCCUUCCUGCGUCUCGAUUUGGAGCAUAUAAAUGCGACACCCCAUACUCGCUGCUGUUAUCAGCCAUGGAGGCGAUACCACCUCUUACAGGAACAGUAGAGGAAGGCUUCAAUUUCACUUUGUUCACAGGAGACAUCACUCCUCACGACACUGAAAACCAGUACUCUAGAGCAUUUGUGGAAUAUGUUGAGGUCGUGAUCUACGACAUUCUCAAGAAGUACUUUGGUCCAGCACCUAUUUACGCCACACUUGGGAAUCACGACAUAUAUGAUCAGUUCCAGACGGCUCCUUACUCUAUGGGCGGUGAUUUAGCUACGCAGUACAACUGGCUUUACGACCAUAUCUCCAAAAUGUGGGAACACGAAGGGUGGCUUUCGGGAUUUCCAAUCGAGUUCGCUCGCACUCACUAUGCGGCAUACGCCGUUAAACGCGUAGAUGGCCUAAAAAUUAUCUCACUUAACACGAACUUAUGGUACACUGCCAACUACUUUGCGUACAUUAACGCUACAAAUCCCGACGUAUUCGGUCUUCUGCGGUUCUUGGCAGACGAGUUACAAGCGUCGGAAGACGCGCAGGAGAGAGUCUGGAUCAUUGGACACGUCCUCAGCGGUUGGGAUGGAACACAAACUCUCAAUAAUCCCAGUAACCUAUUCUAUCAGAUUGUUGACCGUUACUCGCCACAUGUCAUCGCGAACAUUUUCUACGGCCAUACCCACGAGGACCAAUUAUCCAUUUUCUACGCAAACAAUGGAACGAACAUGAGCGCCGAAACGGCGCAAACUGUUUCUUGGAUCGGUCCUUCCCUGACCCCUCUCACCAACCUGAAUUCCGGCUUCCGUGUCUAUGAAGUCGAUUCAGUAACAUUCGAUGUUGUGGAUGCUUACACAUGGGCGAGUAAGGUCAAUGAGUUCCCGAGCCUUGACGACCAGCUUGAAUAUGGGCCGUCGUACUUCUACGAGUACAGUGCUCGCGAUGCAUACGGAGGCAACAUACCGUGGCCAGAGAACGCUCCUCUGAACGCUACGUGGUGGCACCUUGUGACUGAACAAAUGGAGACAAAUUCAUCGCUGGUCGAACUCUUCAACACUUAUCAAAGUAAGAGCUCGGCUGCGGCGACUGACUGUACGGAAGAGUGCAUCCCGGCUAGAAUUUGUUACAUGCGGAGCGGGUCUGCCAGUUUGGCAUACCAGAACUGUCCGGCAAACUUUGGUUCGACGCAGGGUUAGAAAGUGCACAGCAAGGUGCACAGAUGUUCAUAGGUCCAGAAAGCAGGAUAGAUUUGACCUGUUAAAUAUGAUGUACUUUAGAUUUACUUGUCAUCUUUGAUGAAACUGGUUGGAAUGCGAGUUGCGUAUUGUUACAGAUGCAUGCUAGACUGAUAACCAAUACAUCUACACUUAUUACCGUCGGCGACCUCCACCUCCACUGCCUAGAACUACAAGCCUCGUGUUCUUCUUCUUCCUAUUAUUAUUCCCUCCUCCUGACCCUCGUUGCUCUAGCUCGUGCCACGCGGCGUCGAUAUCCCACUCGUCAGCCAGUUCUGGAGUCGCCCGGUGGGAAGGGUUUGAUCGGCCUGUCGACGCGGAGUGCAGUGUGGAAGCAAAGCUACGGUCGCCCCAGGCACCAGAUACUGGGGGCGGCGCAGGCAGCUCCGAGUGAUCCUCCGUCUCGACCUCUGUGGUGAAGGUUUCAAGUUGCUGGGGAAAUGAUAUGGCAGGUUGCGACCACGAUGAAGACCACGACGACGCAUUCAUCCGAUCUCGUUCCUUCUCCUCAGCCCGGGCUCGCGCUCGAUCGUCCCUGCGCCCUUUCUCUUUCCUCCGUGUCUUCCUCAGCUUGAGUGCAUUCUCGAAGUUCUUAAGCCCUUCUGCGCCGACUACACCCUCUAGGUCCGCCUCAAUGAACGCUACAUUAGCACCCUCGGGCAUGUGUGCGAUGUAUUUGCACCGUUUGCGCAGAUCAUCGUUGACUGUGCUCUCCACCGCCAUCUCAACCUUGAUGGUUAUUUCGUUGGGGAAUGAUGCGUAGCUAUUAAAGUGAGAGAAGAGAAUCUUGAUGUCUAGGGGAUGUAGGAAGAGGGGAAGACCUGACCCAGCUUGAUAGUAAUAGUAUGUUUGCGUGGUCGGGGGAGGAGGAUUCACGUUUCUACGCUGUCGUGAGUUCCGUCCGCUUGAAGGGGAAGCAGCGGGAACAACAGAUAGAGACGCCUGAGAGGUGGUCGCAGAUGUGCCCGAGGAUACAUUGACUCCUCCACUGCGCUGUGUUGCCAGGAAUGCGUCUGGGGCACCGCCAAGGGCCGACUCUUGUUCGGCCAUAGCUUGCCGCCUCCGAGUCUCAAGGGUGAAUCGGCGCUCAAUCUCAGUUUGCUCACGAGUGGCUUUGUCAAUAGCUUCCCGUAACGGAGCGGUGUCCAGAGCAGACGCCUUCGCGAUCUGUAGCCGUAGCUUUGCGUCGGCAGAAUCGACGAACGAGACACUGAGUUCAUCACGCAUGCUUGCCAUCAUACGUCGCUCGACAGCAAGGGCAUCUAGAUCACUGCUGAGAUCAGCAACGAGGUAGUCUGGGGUAGCAAGCAUGAACUUGGCGAAAUGAUAAACAUCUGGUAGGAAGUGGAAAGGGGCCUGGUGUGGCGGAAUCAAGUCCGAUGGCCACGUCUGAGACCGCGGGAGAGACAGAGUCGUGAUUUGUGGUCGUUGCAUGAGGCGCAUACGCAUAAGAGAGCCAACCUUGGGUACAGCAGGAUCGUUGGAGUCGAACGUUGCCGAGGAGGAUGUGCCAGCCACAGGUGGUCCUUGGUCCUCCUCAUUGAUGGAAGGUCCAUCGUACCAUUUGACAGACUUGAGCUGCCUCUCAUUGACAGAAUCAAAACAGAUCGGACACCGGGCCCACUUGAGAUCGUUAGAGAGACUAAGAUAGUGAAGGAUGCAGGGGAAACAGAAGACAUGACCACAUUUCGUCAUACGGGGGGCAGUAGGUGACGAGAGACAAAUCGGGCAUGUCGUAAUCCCCUCCUCGGAGGCUUGCUCACUGCCGGAAGCAGCCAGGACCGAGGAACGAGGUAUCAAGACUUGAAGGAUAUCGUGCCAUUGAAAGUAGAUAUCAGGAUCUGCAAAGUGGACGGUGUAGUCUCCUAUGGGGUUCAGCACGAAGCGAUAUUGUGCAUUAACGAAGCGCUCUUUAUUCCAGACUGCAUGACUUCCUGUCUUCCUGCUACGUCGAGGUAGGCUAGUAGGAGGUUGUUGCCUUGGCGGAAGCGUGAAGUUGAGCAGGUGGUUCAGAGACUGGGAAGAAACCGUCUUCGCGGGCCUCCUCGGAUGAGAAUGGUCUGCAGGCGCGUUCGUGUGAGGAGCCAUUCACGAAUCCGUGUCGCUCAGACGACUCUGCUUUGAUGAGGAAAUGAAGUGGACUGGGGGUCGAUGGCUUACUCCUCCCCUGGCAAUGGGAAGGUCG